UGCACUUUUGGUAACUCAAGGACAGCUGGAUAAAGAUUGAGAGACUCCAACGAUGAAAACUUUCAGCUCUGCUGUUGCAGUCCUGUUGCUCAACACCUUCUACGCCUUUUCAGAAAUUCAACAUGAAGUUGUCUAUUUGGUGGGCUGCUUUGAGAAUGGCACAACUGAGGCACAGUAUACAUUUGACGCUCAGGAGGUGUUACAUGUGGAUUUCAAGAGAGAAGAAAUUGUAUACACUGUGCCCAAAUUUAUAGUUCUGGAACCACAGGAAAUGUUUAAGAAUAUGCAUUUGUAUAGAAAUGCUCUAAAAAACAGGAGAGCGUGUGAAGUAAUAGUGGCAUUGGAGGAGAAAGACGAGAUGAUACCAGAUGUAAAAGACCCACCUGAGAGUGUCCUCUACCCCUCUGAGGACGUUGAGCUCGGUGUUGAAAACAGUCUCGUCUGCUUUGUGAAUCAUUUCUUCCCACCUGACAUCAAUGUCCACUGGACCAAAAAUGGACAUCCUGUGUUGAAGGGGGUGUCUCUGAAUCAAUAUUAUCCCAAUAAUGAUCAAACCUUCCACCUGUUCUCAACCCUGACAUUCACACCAGAGGAGGGAGACAUUUACGGCUGCACAGUGGAGCACUCAGCCCUGGAGAGCCCUACAACAAGAAUCUGGGAACCUGACUUCAGUCAUCAAAGUCUUGGACUAAAUAUUUACUGUGGAGUAGGCCUGACUGUGGGCUUGUUCGGGAUCGCAGCUGGGGUAUUUUUAAUUGCCAAGGCAAAAUAUGGACCGUAAUUUUCCUGUCUAAAAGAGAUUAUGCAGAUUAAUUUGAUGAUACAUAAAACAUAUGAUUUUGGAGUGCUCUAUUAUCCUCUUCUGUCAACUUAUUGCACAUUCAUAAACUAAAGUGCAAAUUUGUAAAAUGUAAAAGCCGGUGUUCAGGUACACUUCUUCACCACGAUUUAAUAGGAGAAUAGAAAUGGAUAAUAAAAUUAAACAAUGCACCACAAAAUCAUGAAAUACUUCUAUGAGAGGUCUGAAUCUGCAGCUUCUGGCAUCACAAUGUUGCCAUUUAUUCUAAAGUAAGCAAAUGUGGUGUAGGAA